ACGAGAAAAAUUCAAUAUUCAAACAAUUUUAAUUCGAAAAUAAUAUUAUCAAAUAUCUUACAAUAAAUGUAAAUGAUUCGUUUAUUAAUUUUGACUACUGUGGCCACAUCGUUUAGAAAUUUUUCAAUAGCUGCAACCAUGUCUUUGCGAAGUGUCGACUUCGAAGUUUUUGGUCGAGUGCAAGGAGUCUUCUUUCGAAAGUUUACUAAGCAAGAGGCAGAGAAAUUAGGACUUACAGGUUGGUGCAUGAACACCUCAAAAGGAACAGUGCAAGGGCAACUUCAAGGUCCAGCGGGAAAUGUAGAAAAUAUGAUGCAUUGGUUACGGACUACAGGUAGUCCUAGCAGCAAGAUAGACAAAGCUGAAUUUAAAAAUGAAAAAGAUAUUACUGAAUAUUCUUUUAAUGAUUUCACUAUUCGUAAAGAUUGAAAUUGUUUGCCUAUAUAGCUUAUCUGUGGUGUUUUAAUUUAUUUAGUUAAAUUUUCUUUGUUUUUAAUUACUAUGUUUCAUUAAUGUUUGACUAAUACAAGUAAUUAGAGAAUGUAAAAGAAGUACUAGUACAUAGAAUACUUAGAUGCAAUUAAUCCAACUACAGAGUGGAAGGUAUCGAUUAUUUUUUAAUGAUGCAAUAAUUAUUG